AUGGCUACUUUUGAGGAGGCGGCGUCAAUUGAAGCCUCAUAUCUCGCAACCAAGUCAUUCCAAUACGGCUCGAAUAUAAUCAUCAGGCCUCUAUUGGGCGUACCCUCCCUGGACAAAGAGACAAUGGAGGACAUCUGGAACGGAUUAAGUAAUGACUUGAAGGCCAUAGAUGAAAUCUUAUCUACUCGAAAAUAUCUCGCUGGGCCUGAUUUUACGCUCGCUGACGUCUGGUCGAUGCCUUGGGUGUUUACGCUUAUUGAUUUGAAGGGCGGGCCUGAUGGGCUUUUCUCUGAUCUACCGCACUUAAAACGUUGGUGGGACAAAGUGAGCGUGAGACCGGCAUGGCAGGAGGCUUCUAAGCUGAUGCAUGAGGCGCUGGAGGCUGUGAAGGAGAAUGCUGGCAAAUCAGCGCAAGGCGAUUAG